GGUGAACUUAAAAUAUAAGUCGAGUUUACGUCACAUCACAACAUUACCGGUAGUGUUGUGUGGUGGACGGCAGCCUGAGUUACUCUCCCUAAACAUGUUUCGAAAUCAGUAUGAUAAUGAUGUCACAGUAUGGUCCCCACAAGGACGCCUCCACCAGGUGGAGUAUGCUAUGGAGGCAGUGAAGCAAGGCUCAGCCACAGUUGGUGUGAAAAGCUCAUCCCAUGCUGUACUGGUGGCUUUAAAAAGAGCCUCAUCAGAACUUGCAGCUCACCAGAAAAAAAUCAUGCCAAUUGACAAACAUAUUGCUGUUUCAAUCUCAGGUUUGACUGCAGAUGCUCGUGUCCUGUCGCGAUUCAUGAGAACAGAGUGUCUCAAUGAACACUUUGCCCACAACCAGGCUCUAUCCUUAAAUAAGCUGAUGGAACGUGUUGGUGCUAAAAUGCAGAUUGCCACCCAGCGCUACGAUAAGAGGCCAUAUGGUGUUGGUCUCUUGUUAGCUGGCUUUGAUGAGGAUGGUCCCCAUAUCUACCAGACCUGCCCUUCUGCCAACUACUAUGACUGUCAAGCCAUGGCAAUAGGAGCUCGUUCCCAGAGUGCCCGUACUUAUUUAGAGCGUCAUCUUGAGGAGUUUGGCAGUUCUACUCGGGAGGAGCUUAUUCGUCAUGCUCUGCGGGCUCUGAGAGAUACGCUUCCCAAUGAUGUCGAACUAACUAAUAAGAACUGCAGCAUAGCAGUAGUGGGUAAGGGCGAAGAUCUCAGUAUUUAUGACGAUGAUGAUGUAAACCCAUACCUGGAGGGACUGGACCAAGAGGAAAGGCGGGGAGGUGCUGGAGGAAGCCGUGAUGCUCAGCCUCCAGCUGCUGAGGAUGAUGCAACUGCUGGGGCUGCUGCUUCUGCUGAUGCUACUGCUGCUGCACCACCUCCUCCACCAGCAGCAGAGGAUCAGCCAGCACAGCAGGGGGAUUCCAUGGAGACUGACUAAGGAUCUACUUGGGUCUGUGUGGUUUGUGUUUGAAAUUAGGAUUUUUGUACCAUUUCAGUUGGACACAUUUUAAUGUGCACCUGUUGAGUUAUUUUGCAUUACCAAAUGAAAAGGAAAUAAUUCGUACUAAAUUUUGUACGUGAAUUUUACCACGAAAGAAAUCAUUUUCUGUAGUAUCUUCAGGGGAUAUUUUUGUUACCCAGCAACAAUACUUGAAAUUCCAUAAUAAAGGUAUACAUGAGAA